AUGGUAUGCAAAGCCAAAACAAACUCAUCUUUUUCCAUUAGGGUCCACGUUGAAGCUCACAGACAAAUUGUAGUGUAUGAUCCAAAGGGUCAUGACACGUGGCACCGUCCAGAAAACAACACUGUCCCUUUGGUAUCAUGCGCUUCUAUGCUAGACAAUGGAAGUUUUGUGCUUGUGGAUGAAGGUGGGAAGAAGGUUUGGGAGAGCUUUGAGGAGCCCACAGAUACCAUUUUGCCUGGUCAGAAUUUGGCUAAGCCUAAAAGCUUCAGAGCACGACAAUCUGACACGAGUUUUGCUAUGAUGAUGAAAGCUCUCAAUCUCCCACACAUGAGGCUUACUGGGCCACUGGAACUUUCAAGAUCACAGCUCUUCUUCGAUGAGUCUGGACGCAUGUACAUAAAAAAUGACACAGGUACAGUAAUCAGUGAAAUCACAUAUGGUGGAUCAGAUGAGUUCUUUUACAUGGCUAGAAUUGACCCUGAUGGGGUUUUCAGACUAUAUCGGCACCCAAAAGGUGAGCACACAGCUGUUGCUAAUAGCUGCAGUUCCAGAUGGUGGAGUGUGGAGCAACAGUAUCCACAAGAUAUUUGUCUUUCCUUCACGAGGCAAACUGGCAAUGUUAUCUGCGGCUUUAACAGCUACUGUGUUACCAUCAAUGAUAGGAGUAGUUGUGAGUGCCCAGAUCAUUAUUCUCCUUUUGAACAUGACAAUCUCACCGGUUGUAGACCAGAUUUUCCACUGCGUAGUUGCAAAAGAGACGGGUGGGAGCAGAAUAAGGAUCUUGUAGAUUUCAAAGAAUAUAGCAAUUUGGACUGGCCUCUCUCUGAUUAUGACAGGUGGAUUGGAACUGCAAUGGACAAGGAUAUGUGUAGACAAAAGUGCCUUGAAGAUUGUUUUUGUGCAGUGGCCAUAUAUGGUGAGGGCAAAUGUUGGAAGAAGAAGUAUCCUUUGAGCAAUGGAAGGAAGCACCCUAAUGUGACUAGAAUUGCUCUUGUCAAGGUGCCUAAAACUGAUUUAAAUAAAGGGGAAAAGGAACAGACCACACUUGUUCUUGUCAUAUCAAUACUACUUGGAAGCUCAGCGUUCCUAAAUGUUCUUCUACUCGUUGCUUUGUUUGCUGUCUUUUUCGUUUUCUACCACAAGAGGCUUUUGAAUAGCCCAAACUUGUCACUUGGUACAAUAAGCUACUUCACAUACAAGGAGCUUGAAGAAGCAACCACAGGGUUCAAACAAAUGUUGGGUGCUGGUGCUUUUGGAACUGUGUAUAAAGGGGUGUUGACAUCAAACACAAGCAGGUAUGUUGCUGUGAAGAGGCUUGACAAGGUUGUGCAAGAAGGUGACAAGGAGUUCAAAACAGAAGUGAGUGUGAUUGGACAAACCCACAACAGGAACUUGGUCCGUUUACUUGGUUAUUGUGAUGAAGGGGAGCAUCGUCUUUUGGUGUAUGAGUACAUGAGCAAUGGUUCAUUGGCUGGGUUUCUGUUUGGGAUCUCAAGGCCUCAUUGGAACCAAAGAGUGCAAAUUGCUUUGGGAAUUGCAAGGGGACUCACUUAUUUGCACGAAGAGUGCAGCACUCAGAUCAUUCAUUGUGACAUAAAGCCUCAGAAUAUACUCCUAGAUGACUUGUUCACACCUAGGAUUGCUGAUUUUGGGUUGGCAAAGUUGUUGUUGGCUGAGCAAACCAAAGCUGCUAGGACGGGUUUGAGAGGGACAAUUGGUUACUUUGCACCUGAAUGGUUCAGGAAAGCUUCAAUCACAACCAAAGUAGAUGUGUACAGCUUUGGAGUGGUGCUGUUAGAGAUCAUAUGUUGCAAGUCAGGUGUUGCCUUUGCGCUGGAAAGUGAAGAAGAUGCACUAAUAGAUUGGGCUUAUCGUUGUUAUAGCCGAGGAAAGGUGGCUAAAUUGGUAGAAAAUGAUGAGGAUGCAAAGAAUGAUAUAAAGUGGGUGGAGAAGCAUGUGAUGGUUGCAAUUUGGUGCACUCAAGAAGAUCCUUCACUCAGACCCUCCAUGAAGAAGGUUACACAAAUGCUCGAGGGUGUUACAACAGUUUCUGUGCGUCCUUGCCCUUCUAUUCGGAGUCUGAGUCGACCCGCCGCGAUCUCAAACACUCAUUCAUUUUCUCCGACUCACAAAGCCAACCUUUUUGUUUUUGUUGUGUUCUUCUCUUUGAAUCUGAAUCAAUCCUUCAAUCGCUCUACCGGAUUGCUUCGAUCUGCAAGCUGGCUAUGGACUACGAACCCUAUGACAGUAGCGGUAAUCUCUCUCCCCCCACUCUCUUCCCCUUUUAGGUUUAGGUCGCAACUGAGAUACGCUUUUGCUUUAUGGUUCUUGCUCGUUCACUCGCUUGACCUAAAUUUCGAGGUGAAAAGAGGGUGGGGGGACGACAAGACACUGUCUGUGUACUGCGACUCAUUAUGCACAGAAGGAAUGGUUGCUGUGUCAUUUCAGUGGAUGGGAACUGAUGAUGAUCUUCCACCAACCCAUCAGAAUAGAAUUUCCAGGGGAGGAGGGGGAGGAGGAGGGGGACGUCUAGCUGGGAAUGGAAGAUCAGCUGUUGGUUCAAUUCCGUACCCUAGGAUGUAUGGGGAAAUUGAUAUGGAGACCCAAAUUCAUCAGCUUGAGCAAGAAGCGUACAGUUCAGUUCUAAGAGCCUUUAAAGCUCAAGCCGAUGCCAUUACUUGGGAGAAAGAAAGUUUGAUUACAGAGCUGAGAAAAGAACUGAGAUUGUCAAAUGAGGAGCACAGAGAACUUCUAGGUCGAGUUAAUGCAGAUGAUGUGAUACGGAGGAUAAGGGAGUGGAGACAGACAGGUGGCCAUCAGCCUGGUGUACUUAGUACUGGUCAAGGUCUUCAUGACUCAGUUCCCAGUCCUACGGUCUCUGCUUCUCGCAAAAAGCAGAAGAUUACACCAUCUGUACCAUCACGAUCUUUUGGUGGGCCUUCUCCUCCAUUUCACCCCCAAACAGUGACUGCACCCCACCAACCAUCUUCUUCUGCAGCGAAACGAGGAUCUGUUCCUGGAUCAAAGGGAAAGAAACACAAACCUGGUCAAAUAUUACCCGGUGUCUCUUCAAUGAAACAGUAUCCUUCCUCUGGACCAGCUGGAAGGAAUCAAGCACCUAAUAGAGCUGUCGCAGGUGAGCAUGCGGAGGGAGCAUCAUUUGACUCUUUGGUUGGUAGGAGAGUGCGGACAAGAUGGCCUGACGACAAUAACUUUUAUGAAGCUGUUAUCACGAAUUACAAUCCAGCUGAUGGACGCCAUAAUCUGGUCUAUGACAUGGGAAGUGCAAAUGAAACAUGGGAAUGGGUUAAUCUUUCAGAGAUAUCUCCUGAAGAUAUUCAAUGGGUUGGCGAGGAUCCUGGAAUCAAUCAUCGUGGGGGUUUCGGGGGCUCUGGUCAUGGGGUGAAUAGGUCUGUUGGACGAGAUGGUGUUCCUGGAGGUGGAAGAGGUAGAGGAGCUACAAAGGGGCAAUCCAGAAAAGAUUUUUUGUCAUCACAGAAUGGCAUAGGAAAGAAGGCGCCUGAUGAUAUACAAAUACUUCACACAGACACACUAAUCAAGGAGGUGGAGAGGGUAUUCAGUGUAAAUCAUCCUGAUCCCCUUGAAAUUGAGAAAGCAAAGAAAGUAUUGAAGGAUCAUGAACAGGCUCUUAUUGAUGCAAUAGCAAGACUUAAUGAUCUCUCUGAUGGUGAAAGUGAUGGGGCUGGCCAUCAUUUCUCACAUGCCCAAUCAAUGGAUCGAGAGUGA